AUGGCGCCACCAAAGUUCAUGGGCCUCUCUGGGAGGCCGUUAUCCAUGAUGGUAUCAGCUGUUGCGACGACGGGGUUCCUCCUCUUCGGUUACGACCAAGGUGUGAUGAGUGGUAUCAUCACGGCCCCAGCUUUCAACAAAAUGUUUCCAGAAACAAAAGACAACUCGACAAUGCAAGGAUUUGUGACGGCCAUCUACGAGAUCGGAUGUCUGGCGGGUGCCAUGUUCAUGCUUUGGGCUGGUGAUCUGCUCGGCAGACGACGAGGCAUCAUUGCGGGCGCCAGCAUCAUGUUGAUUGGCGUUAUCAUUCAGGUUGCGACGGUCAAGGAUAAGAACCCGCUGGCUCAGCUCAUCGUUGGUCGCGUUGUCAUGGGCGUUGGAAACGGCAUGAACACCUCGACAAUUCCCACUUACCAGGCUGAAUGCAGUAAGACGUCGAAUCGAGGACUUUUGAUCUGUAUCGAAGGUGGUGUCAUCGCUUUCGGUACACUGAUCGCCUACUGGCUCGACUACGGUGCUUCCUACGGGCCCGAUGACCUUGUCUGGCGUUUCCCUAUUGCCUUCCAGGUCAUCUUCGCCGUGCUCAUCAUCUUCCCCAUGAUGUUCCUUCCUGAGUCGCCGAGAUGGCUUCUGAGCCACCAGCGCGAGGCGGAAGCUGACCGAGUCAUCGCUGCCAUCCGUGGUUACGAAGAGGGAAGCCCCGAGGCUGUGCUCGAGCGCAACCUCAUUGUCGAUUCUCUCCGUGCCUCUGGUGGUUAUGGCCAGAAGAGCACUCCCGUCAAGGCUCUCUUCACGCACGGUAAAACGCAGCACUUCCGCCGCAUGCUACUCGGUUCCUCGGCCCAGUUCUUCCAGCAGGUCGGCGGCUGUAACGCAGUCAUUUACUAUUUCCCCAUCUUGUUCGAGGAGUCCAUCGGCACCGAUCACAACAUGUCACUCCUCUUGGGCGGUGUCAACAUGAUCGUUUAUUCCAUCUUCGCCACCACUUCCUGGUUCAUUGUCGAACGCGUCGGCCGGAGAAAGAUGUUCCUCAUCGGCAGUUUGGGACAGUCCCUUUCCAUGGUCAUCACGUUCGCCUGCCUUAUUGACGGCAAGGAAAUGACUGCUCGCGGCGCUGCUGUGGGCUUGUUUACCUACAUUGCCUUCUUCGGCGCCACCUGGCUCCCCUUGCCCUGGCUCUACCCUGCCGAAGUCAACCCCAUCAAGACCAGAGCCAAAGCCAACGCUGUCUCCACCUGUGUCAACUGGCUGUUCAACUUUGUCAUUGUCAUGGUUACGCCUAUCAUGGUCUCCAACAUUGGCUGGGGAACCUACCUCUUCUUUGCGGCAACAAACGCUUGCUUCAUCCCGGUCAUUUACUUCUUCUACCCUGAGACAGCAAAGAGAUCUCUCGAAGAGAUCGACAUCAUCUUUGCCAAGGGCCACGCAGAGAAGAUGAGCUAUGUACGGGCUGCGAAGGAGCUGCCGCAUUUGCAGCCAGAAGAGAUUGAAGGGUACGCGAGAAAGUAUGGUCUUGUUGGGCACGGCGAGAGCGAUAGCUCGACUGAGGUUGGAACUAUUGGUGAUGAGAGGAGGGAUGUGGAGAAGAAUUUCAGUGGGCAGAGCGGGAAUACGACGAAUAGCAGUGAUGAGGGGUUGCCUGGCAGAGGGCCGGGUCCGUCGGUUGUUGAUGAGGGAGGUGUGGAAAGUGGUUUUGGGGAUGGAGUUAACGCGAGUAGGAAGGCUGAUAAUUAGGGGGGCUUAUGAUGAUGACGAUUGAGAGAAAAUGAAUGGUGGAUGAUAUGGUGGAUGAUACCAGGCUUCUAAGCAUGAUGUUUUCUUAUUUUUUGAAGAGUUAUAGACAUAGACGGCUAUGGUCGUCUGGGAGAGAAUACCCUUUUGGCUUUUGUAGAUAUGGCUUUUUUUAUGGUCAUCUAGGAUAGAUGAUAGUGGAUGAAAGAUUUUGUUUUUGAAUAUUUUGCGCUUGUGUUGGUGCUUGGUGUGUGUUGAAUGAUGGAUGAUGUGCAAGGGUCGCAUGCACUGUCAACACGGCCUAUGAGGCCGGCUCCCCAGUUAUGGAGUUCCAAGAUUGCCACGAGGUGGCAAUGUCAGGUCUUUCGUCGAAUUAACAUUUGCGUGUACCUGGAAUAAAUGGGGUGGGGUGGUGAAUGCUGAGGAGUCGCAGCAAUUGGGAACAUCCAUCCCUUCCCCCUGUCGAACCACGAUAAUAUUGACUUAUUAAGAAGUAUAGUGCAAGUCAAGAUCUCUUGAACUUGGGUCACCUACAGAGUCUCGAGGUUCUUGGUAUUCGGCGACUGAUACUUGGGCAUGCAGUACACAAUUUGCUUAUCCUCACAAUUCCAAGCUGUCAACUCCAACACUACAUCUGCAGAAACACCACCUCGUAAGGACAGCACAAUAACGCAAUUAUUCAGCUACAGCCUCUGUCGUGGCAUCCACCUCAGCUUCGUCGGGCUUGUCUCCCGCUGCCGUUUUGCAGCCAAAGUUACCGCAUCCAUACAUCCACUGGCAAUCACACAAGUAGUAACACUCGGGAGUCCUGGUCAAGGGCGUAGAUCCCUGGCAACUGGUAGUUGCGUUGCAUCUGUUCGAAUUCUCCGCG